CUCCCUCUCUCUCUCUUUUGUGAGUUAUAGCAACCGUUGCCUUGUGAAUCAAGCGCCAUAGUCACCGUAGUCCUGGCGACUGUUACCCAUCAACAACAACUACUCCUCUCCUCCUCCUCCUCCUCCUCCUCUUCCUCCUCCUCCUCCUCCUCCCCACCACCACCAUCUCCAUCACCCACCAACAACACCACAAUAAUCCACAGCCAAGAGACCAUCAUGCAGACUUCAGAGACGGGUUCAGACACAGGGUCGACAGUGACUCUACAGACGUCUGUGGCUAGCCAAGCAGCAGUGCCUACACAGGUGGUACAGCAAGUGCCAGUCCAGCAGCAGGUGCAGCAGGUACAGACAGUUCAGCAGGUCCAACAUGUCUACCCAGCUCAGGUGCAGUACGUGGAAGGAAGUGAUACUGUCUAUACCAAUGGAGCAAUCCGAACAACAACUUAUCCUUAUACAGAAACACAGAUGUACAGCCAAAACACUGGAGGAAAUUACUUUGACACUCAAGGAAGUUCAGCACAGGUGACAACCGUGGUGUCCUCCCACAGUAUGGUGGGUACUGGUGGUAUUCAGAUGGGCGUCACAGGAGGACAGCUCAUCAGCAGCUCCGGAGGAACCUAUCUGAUUGGCAAUUCAAUGGAGAAUUCUGGUCACUCAGUGACACACACAACUCGAGCCUCCCCAGCGACAAUUGAAAUGGCGAUUGAGACGCUGCAAAAGUCUGACGGUCUGUCCACUCACAGAAGUUCUCUUCUCAACAGCCAUCUCCAGUGGCUGUUGGACAAUUAUGAGACAGCAGAAGGAGUGAGCCUUCCAAGAAGCACGCUGUACAAUCACUAUCUUCGACACUGUCAGGAACACAAACUGGACCCAGUCAACGCUGCCUCUUUUGGAAAACUAAUAAGGUCCAUUUUUAUGGGGCUACGGACUAGGAGAUUAGGAACUAGAGGAAACUCCAAGUACCAUUACUAUGGGAUUCGUGUGAAGCCAGAUUCUCCUCUUAACCGUCUACAAGAAGACAUGCAGUAUAUGGCUAUGAGACAGCAGCCCAUGCAACAGAAGCAAAGGUACAAGCCUAUGCAGAAAGUGGAUGGGGUUGCAGAUGGUUUCACAGGAAGUGGCCAACAGACAGGCACAUCUGUUGAGCAAACUGUAAUUGCCCAAAGUCAACAUCAUCAACAGUUUUUAGAUGCAUCUCGAGCACUUCCAGAGUUUGGAGAAGUUGAAAUCUCUUCUCUGCCAGAUGGUACUACCUUUGAGGAUAUCAAGUCACUGCAGAGUCUUUAUCGAGAGCACUGUGAGGCAAUAUUGGACGUUGUUGUGAAUCUUCAGUUUAGCCUGAUAGAAAAAUUAUGGCAAACAUUCUGGCGCUAUUCUCCCUCUACUCCAACCGACGGCACUACCAUUACUGAAUCAAGCAAUCUGAGUGAAAUAGAAAGUCGACUUCCGAAAGCAAAGCUGAUAACUCUGUGCAAACAUGAGUCUAUCCUGAAAUGGAUGUGUAACUGUGACCAUGGGAUGUACCAGGCUUUGGUGGAGAUUCUCAUCCCCGACGUCCUUAGACCCAUUCCUAGUGCCUUGACCCAAGCCAUUCGAAAUUUUGCAAAAAGCCUUGAAGGUUGGCUUUCAAAUGCCAUGAACAAUAUUCCACAGAGAAUGAUACAAACCAAGGUUGCCGCAGUAAGUGCCUUUGCCCAGACUCUGCGAAGAUACACAUCGCUCAAUCACCUGGCCCAGGCAGCCCGCGCCGUACUUCAGAACACUUCCCAGAUUAACCAGAUGCUCAGCGACCUCAACCGCGUUGACUUUGCCAAUGUCCAGGAGCAGGCUUCCUGGGUGUGCCAGUGUGAUGACAACAUGGUUCAGAGACUAGAAACAGACUUCAAGAUGACGCUUCAGCAGCAGAGCACACUGGAGCAGUGGGCAGCAUGGCUGGACAAUGUGAUGAUGCAGGCGCUGAAGCCCUAUGAAGGAAGACCCAGCUUCCCUAAAGCCGCCAGGCAGUUUCUGCUCAAAUGGUCUUUCUACAGCUCCAUGGUCAUUCGGGACUUAACCCUGCGCAGUGCUGCUAGCUUCGGCUCCUUCCACCUGAUCCGGCUACUCUAUGAUGAGUACAUGUUCUACUUGGUAGAGCAUCGUGUUGCUCAAGCAACAGGAGAGACACCCAUAGCAGUGAUGGGCGAGUUCGGUGAUUUAAAUGCUGUGUCUCCUGGAAAUCUGGAUAAAGAUGAAGGCAGUGAAGUAGAAAGUGAGAUGGAUGAAGACCUGGAUGAUUCUUCCGAGCCUCAGGCCAAAAGAGAGAAAACAGAGCUGAACCAGGCCUUCCCCGUCGUCGGCUGCAUGCCGCCGGUCCUGGAGAGUGGUGUGCAGCCCAGCCUCCUGAGCCCCAUCCACAGUGAGCACAUCGUCACGAGCACUCAGACCAUCAGGCAGUGCAGCGCCACAGGCAACACCUACACCGCAGUCUAAGGGCAGCAGGAAAACCGUUUUUCCAGCGUCUUUAACCCCACUGAUACUGGGCUUAAGCUGAAAGUUUAACAAGCCUGAAGGUUGACUGUUGUCAAAAGUCUAUCUGUGCUGAACGUUACCUUUUUGGAGUUGUGAAA